GGUGCUCAUCUCCUCCGUUGCAUCCCCGUUUCUCUCAAGUCCUCAAAUGUGCGACUUCCACCGUCGUUAGAAGCAGAGGAUGUCGAGGCCUGAUUCAUGUUAACGGGACAUGUUAAUAUGAGGAUAAAGAGAUAAAAAAAACGAGCUGCUUAAGUCCCAGUUCAGUUAAAAGGUGGAGUGAUGAUGUUUGCUGUUGACUGAAGUUCACUCUGAGAAUCAAAAUGAAGGGAAGGCUUCUUCGUGGUUUCCUUUCGGAAAUCUCCAUCCGGAUGGCGCUGUUAGUGGUGUUCCUUGUGACGGAGCAGCUUCCUCCUUUCUACCGUGAGAUCCAGGCAGAGGAGAUGUGGUUGUAUAAAUUCCAUCGUGUGGAGAGAGACCAUGUACCCACCUUUCUCAUGUUUAGUGUGGCGGUUUUCACCCCGCUGAUUGUAAUCCUGGUUUUCACCUCCACGAAGAGGGCAGAGCGAGGAGAUUUGAAAGAAGCCUCGCUGGCUGUGACUCUGACUCUGGUGCUGAAUGGAGUUUUCACCAACGUCAUCAAACUUGUUGUUGGCAGGCCGCGACCAGACUUCUUCUACCGCUGUUUCCCAGACGGUCACAUGAACCUGGAGCUGCGAUGCAGCGGUGACCCUGAUGUCGUGAUGGAGGGCAGGAAGAGCUUUCCCAGCGGGCAUUCUUCCUUUGCCUUUGCAGGUUUGGGUUUCACAGCACUGUACAUUGCAGGAAAGCUGCGCUGCUUCAAUGCAGCAGGUCAGGGCAGAGCAUGGCGGCUGUGUGCCUUCCUCACCCCUUUACUGAUGGCGACUGUGAUCGCCCUCUCCAGAACCUGCGACUACAAACACCACUGGCAAGAUGUAUUAGUGGGUUCUCUGCUGGGUCUUGUCUUCGCCUGGCUGUGUUACAGACAGCACUACCCUCCACUUCAGGACCCCGACUGCCACAGACCUCUGCGUCACAGAGAGACUGUUCCCGCCGCACAAGAACGCAAGCUGGCUAACUCCAACUACAUCCUACCCCUGUAGAAGAGCUGUAACUGGAAAAUACCCUUUGAUGUUGUAAUUUAUACUGGGUUACAUGGUACUCAUUCUAAUUCUGGUUUUCACACCAUUAGGGCUGGGCAGUAUGUCGAUAUUUAUUGUUUAUCAUCCAUCACUGUAACUGCAUUGUGGGCAAUUUCUUUUUGUAAGGUGACACACGGUUUGUUUUCUAAACUGAAAUUACAAACUCAUCACUGACUCAGAUUUCUCUCGAAACGGUUUCUGAAGCACUUGAGAUUUGCUGAAAAUAACUGACCAACCAUUCUUCACGCUAAAAUGAUGUUGUUAGUUAGUGGAUGUUUUAGCACCGGAGCUCUUCUGGUUAUGACGGAUACUUAAGUUAAGACACAUACACAACAAACGCUGUUCUUCAUGUGGCCCAGCCCCACACACACACACCCUGUGUAUUGUGCCUAUAGAUCACAUGACUUUAAACACUCACAACAGCUGAGCAGGUCAACUACACAACCACUGCACUAGUAGUCCACUGCCCAUCAAGCUCUGGCUCAGCUGCUGUGACACAGUUUCUCAUGUAGGGUCACUAUUUCGUGAUUGUUUUGUAAACUUGCAACUUUUUAAACAAGCAGGGUUGAGGUUUAAGGGAAAAUGCCUGUAUACAGUAUUUUCAUUUCUGUGCAUGGUUGUUUUCGUUCUUGACCUCUAGGGACAAUAUGUGGUGAGGAGGGUGCGAGCUCAAAGAUCCACUCACUAAUGAUUCUAUGUCUUCAACGGCAUCGUAUGGUCCUGGAGCUGGUUCAGACGUCAUCACGUGACACAAACGUGAAGCGGCUCAGCUAGAGCCCGAACGAAAAAGCGGUAGCAAAUGACGUCAGCCCUCUAAAAACACCUGAGCUGUCACAGCAUUGACUGGGAAAGGGUCACAGUCAUUGAACACGAGUCAGCUGGAGAAAGAUUAAGGAGGCCAUCUGAUGCCACAGUCUAAAACAGUUUCAUCUGCCCUCAUUAAGAACCAGGUUUUCUUUUGUAGGAAUGCCCAGUACAUCAUAGUCUGACCUGUUGGCCCAUUUGUCCAGUUGGGGUUUAAAGACCUUGCUCUAGGGCACUUUGGUGGCAGUAAUGAGGGAGGGGCAAGCACCACUCUUACACUUUUCACGCAGAUUUAUCCUGCUGGUUCAGGGAUUGAACCAGUGACCGCCCAGUCACAAGACCACCUUUUAAGCCUGUAUAAAAGGAGACUGACCACCUGUUAUGACUUGACUGAAAGUUCACAUUUAUUGUCACGUUACAACAAACGAGCCAGCUGCAUUUGCUGAAGAAGACAGUGAGAUGUGAUUAAAAGCACUAAAAUAAGUGGAUCUUUGAGCUCAGAUUUUCCUCACCUUUAUAAGGCUUGAUUUUUCAGGAGGAAACAGGGAAGUAAGAGAUGAUGUGGGCUGUUCAUAUCUAAAAGGGGUGGGUGACAUGGAUAAAAUGGCUUUGUCAUGGUAAAUGCGAUUGUAUAUCAUGAUAUAUUUUGUGGUAAAUACAUUUUUUGAAAACUGAUAAGAGAAAUUAUUAACAAUUAGACAAUAAAAAAGACAAAGAUAACAAAUUUAUCCCUCAAAGUGACAAAAAUUUGUAUUUAUCACAGCGCAUACUGUAACAUCGCCCACCCCUAUCUGAAAGUAACCACCUCAGUUGCGUUUAAAGGCAGGUUAAUCAAGUUUAACUUUGUCAGCACUGCAUCUUUGGUCUCUGCAGUUUUGCUCUGCUGCCUCUGUCUAGUGCUUUAAAUCUCUCUGUCUUCCUAUAAUAUAUUUUGAAUGUUUCCAUUCACAGAUUUUUUUUUUUUUUUUUUGAUCGAUAAACCCGAUGUAGCAGUUCCACUCAACUCUUCCCGCAGUUUUUGCUGUGCCUGCUGUAUUUUAAUUCUUUAUCACAAAGACAGUGUAUGGUCACAUCUCUGCUCUAACUGGACAGCACAUCUAAUAUCAUUACAAGUUGAUAUGACUGUAAAACAACUAUGAGAUGUUGAAAUGUUUUCCUACAUCAGUGGUCUCAGGCUUACUGUAGGUCUGGUUUUUGUUACUGCACACUCUCCUGGCUCCUCUGCCAACCUGGCUGAAGUGGGAAAGUUCACCAUAAGUGGAGAGAUGAAGUGUACGGGGGUUGGUUUUUGGUAUCAAGAGUGGAACCAAUUCUUUCCGAUGAACUUGAGUGGGAUCGGAUUGUAACCUCUCCAGGUGAUGGUGCUAGACUCCCAGUGCUCCUGCUGGUCAGGUUUUCUAUCCUGUUAAUAGUUUUAAUGGCAUGUGACGUUCUGGUGGUUUUGUUAUUCUUCUCUGGUAGUUUUCAUCAACUUUCAUUGAAGAGGGUGAACGAUACAGUCUGCGGGUCUGUUAUAUUUUCGUUUUGACUUAUUUGUGAUCUUUCUGUUUUAUCUGUUAAUUAUGUGUAAUUUGUCCUUUAAUUAUAUGUAAUUGUAAGGAAAAGAUUUUGCUUGCAAAAGUUUUUUGCAGGGUCAAAGCACUUUUUGCUCGUCACCGUGAAUUGAGCUUAAAAUGGCUGGAUCACAGCGGUUUCAGACCAAACAUGGCAGAAAAAAACAGAUGAAUUUGUGCCUUUUGUUUACUACAUCGCUUUAUGGCUCUCUGUUAAUGAAUGGAGUAUAUACUGCAUGUAACGGAGUAUGCUCUCUGUUAUGUUAACUUUGUUUUGAAUCUUUACAUUUUUAUUGUUUUGUAGAGUAGAAUAUAGGAAUCAUUUGUGAAGAUACUACAUGGUGUUUAAAUGUGGCAUGCUGCCUUCCUUUACCUCAGAAAAACCUUGUUUAAUUACUUUCCAUAACUUUAAUUGUUAAUGUAAAGAUUUCUGUCUGGAAAGUGUAACAUUUACAACUGAGGUACUAGACAGAAGGAGGAGAACUUCACUUUUUACAGAUCUUUGAGACAAAUAAUAUCUUCAUUUACUUUGUCAUUCUUGCAGGUAUUUAUGAGAUAAUGUACAGGUCUAGGUGUAUUUAAUUUUGGGGCAUGUAGGAGUUUACUUGAAUUUUGAAUAUUUGUUCGUUUACCUUGAAUGAUAAUGUUAUUUCAUGAAAAUAGGAACCAUAUUUGUUGUGGGCACGUGGGUUUCUGGGGGAUGUUUCAGACAAAAAAAAAAAAGUUCAUUAUACUCUGCUGCAUUUUUCUAAGAUCCUGCAUGUUUCACAGCUGCAUAGCAAUAUAAUUUCCUCAUUACUUCCUUCCAAAUCCCCACAUUUCCAUCCAUGUCUAUUAAUUUAUGUUAUUACCAUUACAUGUAUACUGUAUCAGGUUGUUGAUCAUGUCCAGUCUCCUUCAGAUCUGCUGUCAUGACGAGGGAUUAUACGAAAACUUGCCUGUUUGUGUUAUUUAUGUUAUGCCCAUGAUAAUUUGCCUUGGCUUGUAGGACCAUACAGCAGCCGCUCAUGCUGAUACAGUAUCCUGAUUGUACAUGUUGUGAUGCUUUUAAUGGAUCUUUUGGUGGCACUAAAUAAUGUUUCUAAAUAA